AUGACUAUUACGCAACGCUAUGAAGUUUUACGUAAAAAACUUUUAUGCUUUUCCUGUUUUGGACCACACGCUCGAUCGACAUGUUCUUCUAAAUUUUCAUGCACACAUUGUGGUUCCAAAGCCCAUCAUACCAUGCUUCAUAAUGAUAGUAAAGCCAAUAUUCCUCCUAUAUCAUCUGCCAGUGAAUCUACCGUUGCACUGUCAGGUAAUAUUAUGCCUUUGCCGUCUGUACAUCAGCAUAAGCAAAUCCUAUUGGGAACUGCUAUAGUUAGUAUUCCUGAUGUAUUUGGUCAUCAUCAUGAUGUCCGAGUUUUAAUCGAUCCAGGAAGUAUGAUCAAUAUUAUUUCCCAAUCACUAAAAGAACGCCUUACUUUACCAAUGACAGCGUCUAACAUUCGCAUCUCGGGUAUAGGAUCCGGGAAACCCCAACCAGCCAAAGGUACUGUUGUUUGUACUGUCAACUCAAAACAUAGUCCGUUCUCUAUCACCGUUGAAGCGGCUGUGCUACCAACCAUAGCAACUAAAAUUCCGGCCGUCCCAGUUGUACAAAAUAUUGUCAAUAAACUUUCUCAGCUACAACUUGUCGAUCCUCAGUUCUAUAGCCCUGCUUCGGUUGAGAUGCUCAUCGGAGCACAACAUUACGCCAACCUUCUGACUUCGGAACCUGUAGUUCCAGGUCAUCCCUCUCUGGUUCCAUCCAUGUUCGGAACACUUGUUAUGGGUGAAUGUCCAUCGAUGUCAUCGAAUGAGUAUCAAUCAUAUUGGAUAUUGCACUCCAACACAGACCUUUCGUACCAGUUACAGAAGUUUUGGGAAGUUGAAGAAUUGCCUGUCAAAACUCCGUUGAACCCAGAAGAUGUUAAGUGUGAGGAACAGUUUGUCAAAACUCAUCGCCGUGAUUCCGAUGGAGCUUAUAUUGUACGAUUGCCAUUUCGUAAUGGUGAAGCUCCGGAGCUAGGUGAUAACCGUGUCUCUGCACUAAAUCGUCUAAGUAAAUUAGAAAAACGUUUAGAAAAACAGCCUACGUUUAAAGAUUUGUACCAUGUAAAUCUUCAAGAUUACCUCAGUUCUGGUCACAUGGUACUUGCCGAGAAGAACUCGUCUUAUGUUUUGACCUAUCAUGGAGUUACGAAAGAUAGCUCCACAACUAAAGUUAGAGUUGUAUUUAACCCUGCUGAGAAAACCAAUGCCACCUUCCCUUCUUUAAAUGAGUCUUUAUUAGCCGGUCCUAAGCUUCAAAAGAGUACUAACAAUAUUGUUUUGAAUUUCCGCUUGCACCGAGUUGCUAUCACAGGGGAUGUAAAACAAAUGUAUAGACCCAUCAAAUUGGAUGCAAGAGAUAGUAAAUUUCAGCAUAUAUUGUGGCGUUUCGGUCCCUCUCAACCUGUACAACAGUAUGAAAUAACCCGUGUUUGUUUUGGCAUUACUAGCUCACCUUACCAUGCCCUCCGUGUGAUGAAACAAUUAAUUCAAGACGAAGGAUUUAAAUUUCCGACUGCUGCGAAAGUUCUAGAAACUGACAUGUAUAUCGAUGAUGUGUGUACCGGAGCUUCCUCCAUUGCUGAAGCCCGUCAGCUACGUUCCGACUUAUCUGUUUUGUUAUCGACGGCUGGGUUUGAGUUAAGAAAAUGGGCAAGCUCUCAUGCCGCCGUUCUAAGUGACCUACCUCACGAAUAUAAGGAAAAGCCUCACAAAUUUGGUGACAUUGAAACUAUUCAAGUUCUUGGAAUCCAAUGGAUAUCUGAGGAUGAUGUAUUUUGCUAUCGAAUUGAAACCAUCCCUAAUUGCACCACUAAACGCCAAGUUUUAUCACAAAUUGCCCGUACCUAUGAUUUACCAGGAUUUUUGGGACCUGUAGUUAUCUGGAUGAAGAUAUUAAUGCAAAAAAUCUGGCUACAAGGAAUCGACUGGGAUGAUCCUUUACCGUCUCGUAUGAUUGAUCAAUGGACUCAGUUUGCCAAAGAAAUGCCUUGCCUUCAAACCAUCAAAAUUCCACGUGAUAAUCUCGACACUUACAUUCAUCCACCCGAGCUUGUUGGGUUUUCUGAUGCCUCUAGCUCUGCAAUGACUGCUGCUGUCUAUUUGCGAGUCGUUUGUUCGGAUCAACGAGUGUUGAUUAGCUUGAUCCGUGCUAAAACUAAAGUCGCUGCAGUAAAACCAGUCACUAUUCCCCGCCUUGAGUUAAAUGCCAGCUGCAUGCUUGCUAAGAUUAUAGAAUCUUUAUUGCCACUCCGCGCUCGUCUUCAUUUAGAAAAGCUUUACCUAUUUACAGAUUUAAUGGUAGUUUUGUCAUGGCUACGAACCCCUGCUCAUCUACUCAAGGUUUUCGUUGCUAAUCGUGUUGUUAACAUUUUAGAUCGGACUUUACCAACUCAAUGGUUCCAUGUUCCAACAGCUGAUAACCCUGCCGAUAUUGCCAGUCGUGGCUGUAAGCCAAGUCAGCUUGUAAACCAUAAGUUGUGA